GGCUAUCGUUAACCAGUUAACAGAAUCUCAGUUAGACGAGUCGGUCGGGAUGUGCGUCAGAGGUUAUGUCGAUUGUAAGAUAGCCUUCAAACUAUCGACAGCGUAGUCGUGAUGCUCUUCCAAUCCAGCUCCAUCUCUUGACGCCAUGACUGGUGGAAAUAAGAGUCUCGAGGGGCCAUUGUUCCGCGCGAUGAUCAGGGCCUGCCUGCUAGCCGGAAGAGUAUACACCGCAAUAGUUAUUAGUACAGGUGCCAUUGCUGGAUUAGCUCUCUGGUUUCCUCCAGGGAAAGCUCUUUGGCAAAACGAUGCGCAGAGGAAUCUUGGCUUCAACCAGUUCUUGGAGUCUCUGUCACCCAAGACUAGAGAAUGGUGGAUUGACACUGUAAGUUCGUACCGAUUCUCGCUGUUCUUGCAGUUGAUGUCUCUGUCACAGUAUGGCUCUGCACUGGCCCCGUUUAUCAAGACGGCUCUGUCUCCUCAUACUGUCGAGAGCUCCUGGUAUCUGAAUUGUAUUUGUGUUGAUCCGAAGUAUCAACGCCAAGGAAUCGCUACAAACCUGAUCAAAAUGGUGGAACAGAAGGUGUGAAGUUCCCACUGUUUGCUAUAUAUGCAUGAUUUCAUCUUAUUUGCAGGCAAUGACGACCUCCAUCCUU